AUGACGACAGCAGGAAAGACUCCAUUCAAGGUAGAAUAUGCCGUCGAAAUGACCUGUAAUGACUGUGUGGAAGCCGUGUCAAAUGCGCUUGCCGGAAUACCUGGCAUUGAUGGUUUCUACGUUGACCUGAGUGAGCAGCGGGUUGUCGUAGAAGGAACUGCUCCUCCUUCGAAAGUCUUUCAGAUAAUAAGAAAUACUGGCAGAAAGGCUGUGGUUCGCGGUCAAGGUACUCUAAAAGGGAAGGCUGGAGCUGCUGUUUGUAUUUUCGAAGGCUAUACAUAUACACCUGCAUCUGACGAUGAACCGACACCUAAACGUCCGCCUCGUGGGGUUGCUAGAUUCAUUCAGAUCGAUGAAGAUAUUUGUUUAAUCGACGUAACGGUCGAGGGAAUACCACCCGGAACCCAUGGUAUUCAUAUACAUGAAACUGGAGAUAUUUCCGAUGGUGUUGCUUCGACUGGCGACCACUAUAACCCCGAGGGAGUCGCACAUGGAGACUUGGAACAAGGUCAUGUUGGUGAUCUGGGAAACAUAAUUGUCGACGAAAAUGGUUGGGGUGAUUUGUUGGUGGAAAGCCGGCGCAUAAAGGUCGGGGACGUAAUAGGACGCUCUAUGGUCAUAACUCACGAUGAAGAUGAUCUUGGACAAGGAUCAAACGAGCAGAGCAAGAUUGACGGAAAUAGUGGUCGUGGUGCGCUUACUGGCGUUAUUGCACGUAGCGCUGGUGCAUUUGAAAAUUCCAAGAAGAUUUGUGCAUGUUCUGGCACGACCCUUUGGGAAGAUGUCCGAAUUUGA